ACAUCGCAUCUCUUGUCCAACCAAGAGUACAACAUCAACUUGCAUUCGACCUCCAAUGAUUAUUCGAACCUUCUCAAACCCUGCACUUUAAAUAACGCGUGUUGAGCCCAUCAUUUCUGCAAUCUCGUCUCAAACUCCUCAACAGUCGCAACCUAUCGUGGCAAAUUCUCAUUCAAGCCCUUCCAAUAUCGUCUUUAAGAACCCCCAUACUCACGAUCAAGGUCAACACGUCGUCGUUUCACCUCUAAAAAAGUAUUUUAAUCAUGUCGAGAAAGAUGCUGAUUGAUGGUGAUGUGAGUAAUGUUAGUGAUGAAGAUCAGUAUGAUUUUGAUUUGUUUGUGAUUGGUGCUGGUAGUGGUGGUGUUAGGGCUUCUAGAUUUUCAGCUCAAUAUGGAGCUAAGGUUGGGAUUUGUGAGCUGCCAUUUCAUCCGGUUAGCUCGGAAACCGUUGGAGGUGUUGGUGGAACGUGUGUGAUUCGUGGGUGUGUUCCGAAGAAGAUUCUGGUUUAUGGAGCAGGCUUUGGGCCUGAAAUUCAGGAUGCACGGGAGUAUGGCUGGCAAGUGAAUGAGAAUGUUGAUUUUGAUUGGAAAAGGUUACUGCACAAGAAGACUGAGGAAAUAGUGAGGCUAAAUGGAGUAUACAAACGCUUACUUUCAAAUGCGGGAGUCAAACUUUUUGAAGGGGAGGGAAGAAUUGUGGGCCCCAACGAAGUGGAAGUGAUACAGUUGGAUGGCACCAAACUCUCCUACUCUGCAAAACACAUACUGAUCUCAACCGGUAGCAGGGCACAUCGUCCCGAUAUUCCUGGACAUGAGCUAGCUAUUACAUCUGAUGAGGCUUUGAGCUUGGAAGAGUUACCAAAGCGUGUUGUUAUACUUGGAGGAGGGUAUAUUGCCGUGGAGUUCGCUUCAAUUUGGCGUGGGAUGGGUUCCACCGUGAAUCUAUGUUUCAGAAAGGAACUUCCAUUGAGAGGUUUUGACGAUGAAAUGAGAGCGUUGGUUGCAAGAAAUCUCGAAGGAAGAGGCAUUAUUUUGCACCCACAAACAAAUUUGACAAAGUUGGUUAAAACAGAGGAUGGUAUUAAAGUUACUACAGAUCAUGGUGAAGAACUAAUGGCAGAUGUCGUACUUUUCGCCACCGGACGGGUCCCUAAUACAAAGAGAUUAAAUUUGCAAGCUGUGGGUGUUGAAGUCGACAAAAUAGGAGCAGUGAAGGUUGAUGAGUAUUCUCGAACCAGUGUGCCUAGCAUUUGGGCCAUAGGUGACGUUACAAACCGGAUGAAUCUUACUCCUGUUGCGUUAAUGGAAGGAUCUAUGUUUGCUAAAACAGUCUUCGGUAACGAACCUAGCAAGCCAGACCAUAGCAACGUACCUUGUGCCGUUUUCUGCAUACCACCUCUAUCCGUUGUUGGACUAAGUGAAGAACAGGCCAUAGAGCACGCCACUGGGGACAUAUUAGUGUUUACGUCAACAUUUAAACCAAUGAAGAACACCAUCUCAGGACGACAAGAGAAGACACUCAUGAAGCUUAUCGUUGAUGCCGACACCGAUAAAGUUAUCGGAGCCUCGAUGUGUGGACCCGAUGCACCAGAAAUCAUGCAGGGCAUUGCUAUUGCAAUCAAAUGUGGAGCAACCAAGGCACAAUUCGAUAACACGGUCGGGAUACACCCGUCAGCUGCAGAGGAGUUUGUCACAAUGCGGUCAGCUACAAGGCGUAUUGCAGUUGCUGGUAAACCGUAGACCAACCUCUAAACACGUGUUUUAGUCGGUUCCUCAAAACUCUCGUUGUUAGAAAACACAUGUGUAACAUUAAGUUUUGAUUCAUAAGUUGCAACAAUGUUAAAUUCAUCAUGUUUGUUUGGUAUGUACUGUGUACUAUAUAGCCUUAUGAAAUGGAAAACAAUAAUGAACGAUGAUUGUAAUUUAAUUGAUUGGGUAUUGGACCGGUACCAAAUUAAAAUA